GAGCCUCUGGAAUCCCCUUGUGGAGGCUUUCGCCGGAGCGCGGGCAGGGCGGCGUAUGGAGCCUGGAAGCGCCAGAGAUCGAGUAGUGAUCAGGGAGACGGAGGAGAUAAACAUGGACGUCGCGGUAUUAAAGGUUGAAGAUCCAGGUUGCUUUUGGCUUGCUGUGGAAAAAUGCGUGCCAGGUGUAGUCACUGAAAUAGAAUAUGAAAUCCUGAAUGAUGAAAUGCAACAGUUCUAUGAUAAUUAUAAAGAUGCAGGUGAAAUAAAAGGAGAGGAGAUAGAAAAGGGCCAGGUUUAUGUGGUUUUCAGUGAGGAACUCCAGUGCUGGUGUAGGGCACUUGCGGAGUCAGUCCAGCGCCAGGCAGAUGGUUGCCAGCUCAGAUGUUUUCUUGUGGAUUAUGCCAGAUACUGUUCUGUUGCAUCAGAGAACAUGCGAGUUUUAGUGCGAGCAUUUGCCAAGAUCCCAUAUAGAGCAACGAAGUGUCGCCUGUACUGCACAAAGCCACUGACGUUGUGUAUUGACUACUGUGAAGACACUGCCAAAAUAGGACCAGCGAAAAGAUGGGAUGCUGCUGCUAUCCAGCAUUUUCGAAAACUUCUUGAAGAGGCUACUGAGGUUAAAGCCACAGUACAGGCAGUAGAAGAGAAAGUGUUAGAGGUGUUUCUUUUUGUGACUGUAGGAGAUGACAAGAUCUGUGUUAAUGAUGAUCUGAUUGCAAAGCACUUUGCUUAUUAUAAGGAAGCUGAAGGGAGUUCUUCAGAUGAUUCUGACAAUGAAGUGUCUCUCAAUGCUAAGUAUGUUCCGCUGGAGUUUAUUGGUCCUACAUUUGUUGCCAGGCCAAAACUGCCCUUUGGGGAGGUGUCACCACCUGUUGAGCCAGGUCUUGCUGGUUGGAAUUCUGCUCUUGAAAAGAUAUGCCAAAGGUCAAGCACAGUUAUAAAUGACAACACUGUGCCUGUAGUAAACAUGGUGCCAGGUUUGCCUUCCAAGGAAGAUAAAGCAGUUCAAACAGACAGGCUUCCACAGUUCUUAAAUUCCAACUCCCUCCAGACACACACAGUUGAAGAUGACCAACAGAGUCUUCAAAAUGUUGGGGAGGAAAAAAACUUUGUGUUCCUGAGCAAGAAAAUUGAGCCAUCAUCAGUUUUGGAAACAGCACCACUUUUUGAUGGUCUGAAAAAGGAACUUUCUUGGAACAAGUUUUCAGGGCCUACCUUCACAGAGUCCUACUGUUGGCCGCCAGCAGCUCAGGGAUAUGAUGUCGUUGUCAUCUCCCAUCAGGGAAAGGAUCCCUUAUUGUAUAUUCCACCAGUUCUCACACUUCUGCAGUUGGAAAGUGACUACCAAGCCUUGCCAAACAUGGGUGGACCCCUAGCACUCAUUUUAUGUCCUGGAUGGAAGAAGGCCCAACUUGUUUUUGACCUACUGAAAACAUACAAGAAAAGUUGCAGAUACCUUCAUCCAAUGUUGAUAAUCCUUGGGCAGAACAAGGAAGCAGCCAGCCAAGUGGAAAUCCGAGACUGCAAAGUAGUAGUGACUACACCGCACAACCUCCUGAGACUGCUGGAACAUAACACUUGGUUAUUGCUUAGGCUUUGCCAUCUUGUUCUUGAUGAGAUCGAGGUGCUGCUGUCUGACACUACUGAAAAGGUGUUUACUAUACUGGAUUCUUACAAGAAAGCCGCUGCUCAGGCACGGGGGAAUCCAUCAUGUCAGAUCAUUGCUGUGGGAACUCAGUGGAAUAAACACAUCAUACCCUUGAUAAAGGAGUUCAUGAAUGAUCCUUACAUUGUGAUAACAGUUAUUGAAGAAGCUGCCAUCUUUGGAAAUGUGCAACAGGUGGUGCAGCCUUGCAUGAGCAGCAGUAAAACUUCUGAGUUACUGAAAAUACUGGAUUUUACCCAGAAGAAUCUUCAGAAGGUGCUGGUAUGCACUGACUCAGUAACUGAAGUAGAGAUAAUUCAUAAGGCACUGAAGAGCAACUCAAUAGUUUCCUUGAAAAAACAUAAGGAGAGCAAGUGUAAUGCCAAGUGUGUCUUGGAGAGGUGGAGAAAAAUGCACAGUUCUGGCACUCCUGCUGUGUUAGUUUUAGCAGAUGACUGCCUGCAGCCUUUGGGAAUCACUGAUGCAACCUGUGUGAUCCAUUUCAGUUUCCCAUCUCCAGGAGUCUUCAGGCAGCGCCUACAAUGCAUGACUGACAACUUCUGCACUGUGAUAAAGGAUUCUGCUGUAGAUCAAGAACAAACAAAGGCCAAGUCAGUCAUCCUGCUGACAGAGAACAGUUCCUGUCACGUACCUGGAAUCCUCCACUGUUUAAAGCGUGCAGAAGCUGAAAUUCCAGAAGAACUUAAUGAUUCAGCUGCCAGGGUGCGAGAGUCUGAGGAAAAUGAGAAAUUUUCAAGGCCCCUGUGUGCUUCUCUUAAAACUUUUGGGAUUUGCAGAAACAGAACAGCAUGUCCAGAUCGUCACCAAAUUAAUUUAUUAACGGACAUGGCCCAGAAUACUGCAGAUGAAAUGAUAGAAACACCUGACCGUGUGACAAUCCUGCCUCUCCACAUUGUACAUGCAACAAACUACUUUGGUCGAAUAGUCAAGAAACAAGAGGACCAAUACACAGUUCUUGCUAAAGAAAUGAAUGAUUACUUCAAGGUACCAGGACAUAGGAUUUCUGUUAACAUUGUGGAGAAGUCAGUGUUUUAUGGGUUACGUGAGGGAGCCAUUUGCCACAGGGUUCAGGUGGUAGAGACUCCAGCAAAAGAUGAAGAAAAUGUCUGUGAGGUCACAAUUAAAUACAUAGAUGAAGGCAGGACAAGUCAAGUGAAGAGUGAUCAGCUGCUUCACUUACCUGCAAAGUUCCAGAGUCUGCCAGCUCAGGCUGUGGAAAUUAUAGUUUGUAGAGUAAAACCCAUAGAUAAUGAAGUUGAAUGGAAUCCAAAGGUGACAGAUCACAUUAACCGCAAAAUUAAAGGAAAGCUUCAUCACGCGAAAGUGGUCCAUACCUUGGGAAAGACAGUUUGGGUUGACCCAAUGGUCAGGGUUACCAACCUUCCCGUGUUGAAGAUACGGAUCAACGAGUACAGUAUUCGAUCUGAGAUUUUGUCGACGGGUUUGGGAACUGAUAAUCCCGAACAUAUAGCAGAAAUUCAGAAGCUGUGCAGACAGAUGCCAGUUUUGGAUCAUGCAAAGAACUUGGAGCAUUUAAGCACAAAAGAGGACACAGCUGGUCUAGAGGAGGUGUCCAGUCCACAGGAUACAUUGAUAGAGGAAGAUUCUGCGGAAAGCUGUAACACUUCUGCGACUCCUCCAAGCGAUGAUGCAGUUCAAGCAAAAGAAGCAGAAGACUCUACUGUGCAUCAGCAGAAGGGUUGUCAUCCGCAAAUCAAGUGGUUUCAAGAUAAUGUGACUGUGACACUGAGGUUACAAAUGCUGAAGGCAGCUGACAGUAAAUGCGAGUUUUCUAAAGAGAAGGUGGUUUUCAGUGCUUAUUCAGAAGGCAGACUUUAUGCGGCUGACCUGGAGCUGUAUCAGUCAAUAAUUGCUGAGAAGUCCACAUGUGUGAUUAAGGAUAGAGAGGCUGUGAUUUUACUGGUAAAAGAGAAAAAAGGAGAAUGGUGCAAAUUACUAAAGAACAAGAAUGUUCACGUGUCCUUAGAUUUUGAACACUGGGAAGAGUCUGAAGAUGAAAGGCCUUUUACAGUUGGUUCUGCAAAACUGAGUUAUCCUCCUGCAGGAUCUGAGGACUGGUUUGAGUCCUCAGAAGACAGCGAUACAGAAAGUGAUGACUAAUUGGGAGGAGAAAUUCCUUUCUCCUCUGAUAAGAGAACUGUGUUAGUGUUAAUUGUUAAUGAAACAGUUGAUGGUAAUUGUUGAUUGUUGAGUUGAUAGUUGAUGUAUUUGUGACUUGUUCAUGUCAUUGGUAAUUAAAAACAUUGGUGUCCUUAAAACCUGA